AUAAAGGUUUGGACUCCACUGCGCCGUCGUGGAAAGUUAAUUACAAACGAAACUUGGGACUGAGUGAACAGGAAAGUCAAUAAGGCGGUAUGGACAACUUGAACGAAAUUGAGCGAUCAUAAACGCGACAAUAAUGAACGAUAAAAGCGGUUGCGUUUCACUGGCUCAGUGCUUUUUUGACUACUCGACGUCAAAAAUAUUGGUGAUAAGGAGUAGAAAAGUAGGAACGCUGAAUCGAUUCACUCAAGCUUUAGUGAUAGCGUACAUCAUUGGAUAUGUGUGCAUUCUGAAGAAAGGCUAUCAGGAUACUGACACCGUACUGAGCUCUGUCACGACCAAAGUGAAAGGCAUUGCCCUAACAAACACUACCGAGUUGGGCGAACGGAUUUGGGAUGUGGCUGACUACGUCAUUCCACCUCAGGAGCAUAGCUCAUUCUUUGUGAUGACCAACAUGAUCAUCACCCCAAACCAAACACAGUCAAAAUGUGCAGAGAUUCCAACACCGGCAUCCAUGUGCACCUCUCACAGGGACUGCAAGAGAGGCUUCAGUGAUGCUCGAGGGAAUGGUGUCCGGACAGGUAGAUGUGUCAAUUUCACUGAUUCGGUGAAAACGUGUGAGUUGUUGGCCUGGUGUCCUUUGGAGAAGACUAUCGAACCUUCAGAUCCAGCGCUCCUGGCAGAUGCUGAAAACUUCACUGUACUCAUAAAGAAUAAUAUCCGAUAUCCUAAAUUUAACUUCAACAAAAGGAAUAUCCUACCAAAUAUUAACAACUCCUACUUGACAGAGUGUGUGUUCAAUCGUACAACAGACCCUGAUUGCCCAAUCUUCAGACUCAAAGAUAUCAUUGCUGAGGCGCAAGAGGAUUUUCAGACCAUGGCAGUCCAUGGGGGAGUCAUGGGAGUGCAAAUUCGGUGGGAUUGUGACCUCGACAUGCCAGGGAGCUGGUGUGUGCCUCGCUACACUUUUCGCAGACUAGACAACAAAGACCCAGAAAAUAACGUGGCCCCGGGGUACAACUUUAGAUUUGCUAAAUAUUACAAGAACAUUGAUGGCAAGGAAUUCAGGACCCUUAUCAAGGGUUAUGGCAUUCGCUUUGAUGUCAUGGUAUUUGGCCAGGCAGGAAAAUUCAACAUUGUACCAACACUUCUGAACAUAGGUGCAGGCUUGGCACUUCUAGGCCUGGUGACUGUUAUCUGUGAUUGGAUUGUCCUGACAUUCAUGAAAAGAAAACAUCAUUACAGUGAGCAGAAAUAUACAUAUGUUGAUGACUUUGGACUGUUAUCCAAUGAAGAAACAUAGAUGAUCUUCAGGCAUGAGCACAGCACAAACUAAUCCUACAUUAAUUCUACACAAAUUAGUAAUUCUACACAAAUUAGUAAUUCUACACAAAUUUCAUCAUCUAGUGUAUGUGUUGAUCAUGUUUACAAUUGCAGCUGUUCCAAACUGACAAUUGGUAUGACAGAUGUUUUGAAAAAUAAUUAAAAAACAACUUUUUGAUAACAUGAUCAGUGUGAUUUUAUCAGAGGCUUUGGAUGAUGUGGGUAAUGUUUGUUCCAGUGGAGGGCAAUAGAGUCAACAGCUAAAUAUAACCAUGGCCUGUACUGGGACGUGAUCUAUGGUGGGACACUUGUAUUUAAGGGGGCACAAUGGAUUUUAAAUGUGCAAAAGUUUAUAAUUUUUCCUGA